GAAGUACUGUAUAGUGUAUACUUCGUACUAUCUUCAAAUGAAGAAAAGUUUAUUUGGCUCGGCGAGUUUUGGCGGAACAAAGCUAGCUUGGGAAAUGUUCGUGAGAAGCCCAGUAAUAAUAUUCAUAACAGUAAUCUACGCCAUCUCAUGCUCAAAUUGCUCCCUUUCUGAUGAUGAGCGAACUGUCAUCAAUGUAGAUCAGUUCGGCACUCAAGGAGAUGAUGAUUCCCAAGCGUUUCGAAGAGCUUGGGAUAUAUUUUGCCAUACAAAAGCGGGAUUGCUGUUGAUUCCUAUGGGGACGUAUUUUCUGAAGCCAAUCUCUUUUGAUGGACCCUGCAACCCGAAUCUGACAAUGAAGAUAGAAGGGACAAUUAAAGCUUGGCCGGACAAAAGAGAGUAUGAAACUAGUGGGAGGCUAAACUGGAUGCUUUUUCGGGGCCUGCACUACUUCAAUGUUGGAGGGGGAGGCACCAUAGACAGGGGCGGAUCUAGGAAAACUUGUUAUUGGGGGCAUCACCUAAUGUACAUCAAAAACUUGUUGUAGCACUCUGUAACAAAUGCUAAUGCUUAUUAUGUACUAAAAUUAAAUAGAUUAGUUUAAAAUUGAGCACUUCUCCUUAUGGUUGUGUGAGACACUUUUAUCAUUUUAAUUGUAUUUGAUUAAAACAGGCCUUAAUUAAUGACAAAUGUUACUAUAUUGAAUUUUGAUAAGCACAUAACUUCUUUUAUGUAGC